AUAGAGGUUCAUUUAGCGACGAUUCAUCUAUGAAUGUGAUAUGAUGGUUGUCCAACUUAUCGUUUUCUAUGCCUCAUGCAUCUGUCACGUCUUUCAACCCAUAGAAAAGUAAAUAUAAAUUUGGUUUCCAAGUCUACACAAUUGUGUAUUUAUUCUCUCCUCCAGAAACAAACCAAGCACCUAGACACCCUCUUGAUUGAGACGAAGUUUAAAAAAAAAAUUAGAAGGAUACCAAGAUGUCGAUAAAGAACAAUAAUUUAGAAGAGCCUGAAGAACAAAACCAAGAACAUGAUGAUAAGUUUAGUACGAAUAUGAAUGAGGAUGAAUUGAUGAAGAAAAUUCAGCCAUGGAAGAAACAGAUCACCUUACGCGGUUUAAUAGCAAGUUUUGUCAUUGGUAGUCUAUAUAGUAUAGUCAUAAUGAAGCUUAAUCUUACUACUGGUAUAACACCAAAUCUAAAUGUUUCUGCGGCUCUUGUUGCAUUCGUGGUUAUUCGAUCGUGGACGAAAGUUCUUAAUAAGCUUGGCAUUUCUUCCACCCCGUUUACUCCACAAGAAAACACUAUCAUUCAAACUUGUUCCGUUGCAUGCUACAGUAUUGCUCUUGGAGGAGGGUUUGGAUCAUAUUUACUGGGAUUGAAUAAGAAAACAUAUGAACUAGCAGGAGUUGAUACGGAAGGGAAUACACCUGGAAGUUAUAUAGAACCUGGAAUUGGUUGGAUGACUGGGUUUCUUUUCACUACUUGUUUUGUUGGCCUUUUAGCUUUGGUUCCUCUCAGAAAGAUUAUGAUAAUUGACUACAAGUUAACUUAUCCAAGUGGUACUGCUAGUGGAGUUCUCAUUAACGGCUUCCACUCUCCACAGGAAGACAAAAAUGCAAAGAAAAGAAUUCAAGGGUUUGCGAAAUUCUUCUCGAUUAGUUUUGUUUGGGGUUUUUUCCAAUGGUUUUAUUCGGGUGGAGAAGAAUGUGGAUUUGGAGAAUUCCCAACUUUUGGAAUGAAAGCUUACAAACAAACAUUUUACUUCAAUUUUAGCAGUACAUAUGUUGGAGCAGGAAUGAUCUGUUCACAUCUAGUGAACUUGUCAUUACUUUUUGGGGCAGUGAUUUCUUGGGGGAUAAUGUGGCCGUUGAUUGCAGGUCUCAAAGGAAACUGGUAUCUAGGUAACAUAUCAGAGAGUAGUAUGAAAAGCUUAAACGGUUAUAAGGUAUUUAUAGCUGUAGCUCUUAUUCUUGGUGAUGGGUUGUACAAUUUUCUCAAAGUAGUGGUUAUCACUAGUAUAAGCAUCCACACGAGAUUGAAGAGCAAAGGCAUUAAGACAGAUGGAGAAAACGAAACUCAAGACCUUGAUGAUCUUCAUAGAAAUAAAGUGUUUAUGAGAGAUAGUAUCCCUGUCAAACUAGCAUGUGUAGGAUACAUAAUCUUCUCAAUUAUCUCCACAAUCGUGAUACCAUUAAUGUUUCCUCAACUCAAAUGGUAUUACGUUGUAACAGCAUAUAUCAUGGCUCCAUCCCUUGGCUUUUGCAAUGCUUAUGGUGCCGGUCUAACAGAUAUAAACAUGGCUUAUAACUACGGAAAAGUUGCUCUCUUUACUCUCGCCGCUUUAGCAGGAAAAGAACAAGGUGUGGUUGCUGGACUAAUUGGUGCUGGACUCAUCAAAUCUAUAGUUUCGAUUUCUUCUGACCUGAUGCACGAUUUCAAAACCGGUCAUCUUACACUAACUUCCCCACGUUCCAUGCUUAUAAGUCAAGCUGUUGGAACUGCAAUGGGUUGCGUAGUAGCUCCUCUAAGUUUCUUUCUCUACUAUAAAGCUUUUGAUAUCGGAAACCCUGAUGGAGUUUACAAAGCUCCAUAUGCUUUAAUAUACAGAAACAUGGCAAUAUUAGGUGUUGAAGGGUUUUCAGCGCUGCCUAAGCAUUGUUUACAGCUUUGUUACGGGUUCUUUGCGUUUGCUGUGGGAUCUAAUCUGUUGAGAGAUUAUGCUCCAAAAGGCAUCGCUAGAUUUGUACCGCUACCGAUGGCUAUGGCAGUUCCAUUCUUAGUUGGAGCAUAUUUUGCAAUUGAUAUGUGUUUGGGGAGUUUGAUAGUGUUUGUGUGGGAGAAAAUUGAUAGGAAGAAAGCUGAUGUCAUGAUUCCUGCAGUUGCUUCUGGUUUGAUUUGUGGAGAUGGUUUAUGGACUUUACCUUCUUCCAUUCUCGCCCUAGCUAAGGUUAAUCCUCCAAUAUGUAUGAAGUUUGUUAAAGGUGUUUUUGUUCAAACUGAGUAGUACCACAAGGCUGUGCUUCUCUGUAUUAAAACAAGGCUGUCCUUCCCUGUAUUACGACAAGGCUGUUCAAACUAGCUCACACCUGUUGGAUUCGAAUGCAUUCACAUAAUGGAAUACAGACGUAAUAAUCCUUACAGCUCAACUGAGAAGACGAUUUUUCAAUAAAACUUUUUUGUUUUUUGUUUUGCAAGGGAGGCAAUGUUCUAAGGAAUGUGAUUAGUCAUGAUAA